AUGAGGCUUAGUGGGGCAUCGUCCCUGCUACAGGUGCCGCUAUUGCUGCUGCUGACUCACGUUCUGCCCGGGAUGGGCCUGGAGCACAUCAGCUAUGGACCCCAGCUCUGGAGCGAUACCCUGGCAGGAAGGGUCACCCAGUCCACCUUCACCCUGGAGCAGCUGGGGCUGUUCAACCGCCCCAGCGUCUCCGACAUGGACACCAUCUGGCUGGUGGGAGCCCACAGCAAUGUGCCCCCUUCCGCCACCCAGAGCUUCACGGCCCCACAGAUGGUAGAUGACACCCUUGCCCCUGCCCACCUCCCCCAGAGGGGCUACUAUCUCACGCUGAGGGCCAACUGGGCCACUACCAGGGGCCAGGACAGAAACCAGUUCCGUGUCCUUCGCAUCGGCAAUGAUACCCGCUGUGACCCCACCAAAAGGGGCUGCAACUACCCCCUGCCGGGCUCAGGUCCCUACAGGGUGAAGUUCCUCAUGUUGAGUGGCAGAGGAUCCGUGACUGAGACAGAGUGGUCCAGUGAGACCCGCCUGCAGCAAGGUCGGGGGCCGGAGGUGCAAGAGUUCAGGGCUGUCCAGGGACCCCAGAGCCCGGGCACUGUGGUCAUCAUCGCCAUCCAGUCAAUCCUCCUGGCUGUCCCACUCACUGUCCUCCUGGCUGUGCUCAUAUACACCUGUGGGCAUCACUCGCUGCCUGGUGGCGACAUCUGGUAUCGUAAGAGAUGGGCUCCAGACACCACAGUAAGAAGACCUCCCAGCAGAGGCGAAUUGUUUUCUCUGGGUAAUGCCCCAGAUGUCACACAGAGCUCAGGGGCUGAGGAAUGUGGCUUUGGAGAAGCAGGACACCCGGGUCAGGUGGGCAUUGGAAGGUUCCCUGGGCAGGAGCGGCUGUGCAUUGCUGGUGGGCAGAUUGAGGAGGGCGGCUGA